AUGGCAAGCAUUCCUGGACCAGUGCCUUACAACUCAGCUCGUCCUGCUGCUCACCCUGAUAUCGACUCAUUCAAGACAGAAUAUCAUCCAAAUAGCGGUCGCCCCACUUCGGUCGAAACAUUUUCUGCAUUUGGGCAUGGACACACACAACCAAAGUUUGAUGACCGUGAACCAUGGCAUCCUUUUGCGUCUCGUGCAGACUUUGAAUUUGCUUCGCUGACACACAAAGCCGCUCUCAACAAGGAGCAGACUGAUGAGCUACUGCGGCUCAUUCAGAACAUUGUGGAUGGUCAUGCAAGGCUAACAUUUAGGUCUCACAAUGAUGUGUCCAAAGCCUGGGACACCGCUGCAACCCAGUUGACACCAUUUGAGCAGCAUACUAUCUCUGUAGAUUACAAGCAAGACAAGCUCGAGUUCGAAGUAUAUACACGAUCACUAUGGGACUGGGCGCUAGAUUUACUGCAAGAGCCAUUGUUGGCCCCGCACUUUCCAUGGACUGCAGACAGGUGGUGGCGCAUCCAAUCGAAGUUACCUAAUGAUGGGGUGCCCUUUGCGAUCAUUCUGUACGCCGACAAAACUCAUUUGUCCUCAUCUGGUAUUGUCAAAGGGUAUCCGGUGAUUGCCCGUUGCGGGAACCUGCCGGUCAACAUCAGAAAUACCACUGGAAUGGGAGGUGGUCGAGUUGUUGGCUGGCUACCUAUCGUGCCCGAGGAUGCUGAGCAAAGUGGAAAGUUAUCAUAUACUAACAUAAAGCGCGUGGUAUGGCAUAAAGCCUUCUUGAAGCUACUGGAAUUGGUCAUAAUUUUCUCAAAAACGGGAUUCGCGCACCAUUCCGACUUCAAUAAUAUCAUGCGCUGGUUGUUCCCACUCAUUUUGCUCUUGUCGGCUGACUAUGAAGAGCAGUGCGUGAUGGCGCUGAUACGGGGGACAGGUUCCAAUUGUCCUUGUCCCAUCUGCCUUGUCCCUACAGCUAAACUUUCUGACCAUGCUGCAACAUACCCCAUCCGGACAGUGGAGGAUGCACAAGAUUGCCUCAAGCUAUACCAGGAGGAUUGUGUCGCUGGAGAAGAGGCCCUGAAAGAGAAGAGUCUUCGACCUGUUGAGAACUCGUUCUGGCAAGUUCGGCACUCUAACCCUCAUGAAAUAAUCUCGCAGGAUCCGUUGCAUGCCUUCCAUGGUGGUCUGUUUGGCAAACAUCUUUGGACUGAGGUUAAGAAGCUGUUGGAGAAUCUUGGGCGCAGCGCCUUGAAACAAGUGGAUGAUCAGUUCACUGCCUUCCCACGGUGGCGAAAUCUCAAUCAUUUCAACAGCGUCACAAAUAUCAGCUAUAGCGAUGGAAACAAGCUUCAAGAUAUUUCAAAGGUGCCUCAAAAUGUGCUAACACAGGAAGAGGACAAGGCUGGCUACGCACUCUUGAAGUGUAUAGCCAGCUACCUUCAUAUUGACAUGUACAUAUCCCUUGAUGUUCACACAGAGAGUACCAUCGCCGCUGGAGAAGCCGAAGUUCUUGUAUUCCAGAAACACAUGGCGGAUUAUAUAAUCGCUGCACGUCACACAGAACUGGGAACAAAGAGUUGGAAUUUCCCGAAGAUGCAUUCCCCGAAACACAUAUUCCAGGACAUCCGGGAGAAAGGCGCCGCUCGCAACUUCAGCACACGACCGAAUGAAGGAUGUCACAGGCCACUCAAACGAAUGUAUUCGCUUCAAACAAAUCGCAAGGAAGUUGCAGGCCAGAUUCUCAAACUGGAUCAUAAGAGCUUUGUCUCUGAAAUGAUCUCUGGUCGCAUUUUCCACCUUGAUGAUUUGUCAGAACUUGAGGAUGAAGAUUCUGAAGAUUCUGACACUUUGGAUGACGACACUUUCUCAGGACAUGUCUACCUUGGUUCCGCACAAUCACCCACUACUUUUGCGGACGUAGAGAAAGAAAAUCAAUCUAGGCGUACUUUCAACAGGUUUCGCCAUAAGUUUACAAAGUUCAUCAACGAGUUUCUCCCAUCGCAUAACAUCCCAUUGCCGGAAGGGACAGUAUGGUUGAAACCAGCUGCGCAAGACAAACUCCAAGAGUAUCGCUAUCUUAAAGUGAAUUAUGAAUCAACUGUUGAUUGGAAAUUGGCCACCGACUACCUACGGUGUAAUCCAAGCUUCCAUGGGCACGAAAGGUACGACUGCGCACUGAUUCGUACACUCAACAAGGACAGGAACAACAAGAACAUAUUUGUUCGGAUACUGUUCAUCUUUAAGUACAUGGUUGGCAACAAAUCCUUGGAUCUUGCCCUCGUGCUCCCCAUGGAUACUCCGCUUGGUGCAUGUCGCACAGUUGAUCGUGAUCUACGAUUGACUCGGCUGCACGCUCGACCGUCAGCAUCUUCUGAAUUUGUCUCCCUUCAUUCAAUCAUUCGUGGUGCCUUGCUUGUUCCUGAUUUCAAUAAUGAUGGAGACUUCUUUCUUGUUGAUUUUGUCGAUCCUGAUAUGUUUCUUCGUUCUCAGAGAAAACUUCUAUUUUGA